GAAAGAUGAAAGGUGUACAGAGCACAUACCACCAUUCUUACACCUUAUCGUUCUUGCUUGUCUUGUUUCUAUUUCAUCCUAUCCUUUCGAUCGAUGUCAACACAUUGUCGUCUACAGACUUUCUUACAAUCUCAAGCAACAGAACACUUGUAUCUCACGGUGGAGUCUUCGAGCUUGGUUUCUUCAAACCUUCGGCACUCUCGCGUUGGUAUCUUGGGAUAUGGUAUAAGAAAUUAGUCUCCGAUAAAACCUACGCAUGGGUCGCCAACAGAGACAACCCUCUCUCAACAUCCAGUGGAAGCCUCAAAAUCUCUGGUAACAACCUUGUCCUGCUAGGUCAGUUUAAUAACUGUGUUUGGUCGACAAAUAUUACUAGAGGAAAAUCGACAUCUCCGGUGAUGGCAGAGCUUCUCCCUAACGGAAAUUUGGUAAUGAGAUACUCCUACAACAACGACAGUCCAAGUGGGUUCUUGUGGCAGAGUUUCGAUUUUCCGACGGAUACUUUACUUCCGGACAUGAAACUAGGUUACGAUCACAAAACAGGGCGCAACAGGUUCCUCACAUCAUGGAGAAAUUUUGAUGAUCCCUCAAGCGGUGAUUUCACGUACAAAUUCUACGUUCGAAGGGGCUUGCCCGAACUUUUUUUGAAGAAAAAUUAUGUUGUAAUGGAACGGAGCGGUCUGUGGAAUGGAAUCGAGUUUAGUGGCAUGCCGGAGGAACGUCGAAAUCACCCGGUUUACGAUUAUACAGAAAACAGUGAGGAGGUCGCUAUUAGGCUCCUUAUUGCCAACCAAAGCAUCUAUUCGAGAUUGACAAUCAUUGACGUAGGGUACCUCCAUCGAUCCACGUUGAUCCCGCCAUCACGGGGAUGGAGCAAUUUCUUGUAUUUCCCGAAGGACGACUGCGAUGCUUAUAAAAGCUGCGGACCUUAUGCCUAUUGUGACCUAAGCACGUCACCUAGAUGCAACUGUUUUGAAGGGUUCGAUCCCAUGAACCGGCAGCAGUGGGACUUGGGAGAAGGAUCAGAUGGGUGUGUGAGGAGGACACCGCUGAGCUGCAGCGGAAACAGGUUUUUAAUGCUACGGAAGAUGAAGUUGCCAGAUGCUAAGAUGUCUAUUGCCGAUCGGAUAAUUGACUUGAAGAAAUGUGAAGAGAGGUGCCUUACCGAUUGUAACUGUACGUCGUUCGCGGCUGCGGAUGUUCGAAGAGGCGUGACGGGCUGUUUUAUUUGGACAGGAGAGCUCUAUGAUACCCGGACUUACUCCUUCGCUGGUCAAGAUCUUUAUGUCAAAGUGGCUAAUGUAGAUCUAGUUCUUUCCUCGGACGAGGAGAGUGACAGAAAUGGAAAAAUAAUACGUUGGAGUAUAGGAGUCAGCCUUAUGCUUAUUCUGAGUGUUAUCGUGUUCUGCUUUUGGAAGAGGAGACAAAAGCAAGCAAAAUUAGCUGAAACACCCAUAGUGAAAACACAAGUUCUAAUGAACCGGAUGGUAUUACCAAGACAAAGAAACUUGUCUGGAGAUAACCAGGUAGAAGAUUUAGAAGUUCCAUUGAUAGAGUUUGAAGAUGUUCUCAUAGCCACCGAACAUUUUUCUGAUUGUAACAAGGUCGGAAAAGGUGGCUUUGGUGUUGUUUACAAGGGAAGGUUACUCGACGGGCAAGAAAUUGCGGUGAAGAGACUAUCGGAAAUGUCAGCUCAAGGUACCAAUGAGUUCAUGAACGAGGUUAGGCUAAUUGCAAGGCUUCAACAUAUAAACCUUGUCCAACUUCUUGGAUGUUGUGUUGAUGAGGGAGAGAAGAUCUUGAUCUACGAGUACUUGGAGAAUCUAAGCCUCGAUUCUCAUCUCUUUGAUUUAACCAGAAGACGUAUGCUAAAUUGGCAAAUGAGAUUUGAUAUUAUCAAUGGUAUUGCUCGAGGGAUUCUGUAUCUUCACCAUGAUUCAUCCAUUCGUAUAAUCCAUAGGGAUUUGAAAGCAAGCAACAUCUUGCUUGAUAAAGAUAUGACUCCGAAAAUUUCGGACUUCGGAAUGGCUAGGAUCUUUGGACGAGAUGAGACGGAAGCUAACACGAGGAAGGUGGUCGGAACUUACGGCUACAUGUCCCCAGAAUACGCUUUAGAUGGGAUAUUCUCGAUAAAGUCAGAUAUAUACAGUUUUGGAGUCUUACUUCUUGAAAUUAUAAGUGGCAAGAGGAAUAAAGGAUUCUACUACUCGGGCCGUGACUAUAAUCUUCUCGAAUGUGUGUGGAGGAAUUGGAAAGAAGGUCAAGGUCUAGCGAUUGUAGACACGGUCAUCAUAGAUUCUUCAUCACCAACGUUCAGGCUACGUGAAAUCCUACGGUGCUUACAAAUUGCACUCUUAUGUGUUCAAGCACGUGUAGAGGAUAGACCACUGAUGUCGUCGGUUGUUUUGAUGCUGGGAAGCGAAGCAGAAGAUAUUCCUCAACCUAAACCGCCAGGUUAUUGCGUCAUAGGAAAUUCUUCUGAAACUUAUUCGACUUGGAGUAAACAGCCAGACAAUGAAGCUUGCACAGUGAACCAAAUUACCAUGUCGAUUAUAGACGCUCGGUAA